ACAAAGGUGAUCAUUACAUUUUACAUGAAGUACUGUGACCGCUGAACUUUUUAAAAUUAUUCUUUCCUAAGAAAUAUGGAAACUUCAAGAACUUCUGUUUCCUGUUGCAUGUACAAUGCUAUAAAUAAAAUAUUUGUAAUUAUUAUCACAGUAAUAGUAAUUUUGGUACCAAUUCCUGUUUUAUGUUUUUUCUACAUCCUACGUCAAACCGUGGCGCUUCUUGGGAAAUUUAUACUUGGUCUGAAAAUAGUUCCAUUAUUCGACACCUGUCUGGCUGGGGAAAAUGUUUAUGGUAAGGAAGCCCUCACAACGUCGGUGACCUUUGUAGCAGACGUUCCAUCUAUACAAAGGGAACGAGUAAUGCAGAAGGUGCAAGAAAAUCUGCUAGAAAAACGAGACCGUGGAGGGAAUCUGCAAUUUCCUGAAUUAAAAUGUGCCCUUCGUCCGUUUCUGGGUUACUUAUUUUGGAAGCCUGUAAAAAAGUUUAAACUUGAGGAUCAUGUGAUUAACUAUGAAGACACCGAACUUCCAAUCCCAGACUGGUCUGACCCAAACGCCCUAAGGAAAAUAGCAAGUCAGGUAUUGAGAUAUCGCGGCUGGAGAAAAGACGCACCAUUGUGGGAAAUUAUACUUUUAAGUAAUGUUCCCAAAUCACAUUUGCCUAAAAAUUCUCGCAACGGUUCACUCUUCGUUUGGCGAUACCACCACGUCCUACUGGAUGGUUAUGGCACAUUUAAGGUGUUGAUGCAAUUAUUUGACAAAUACGACAAAGUCAAGGACUCAGUUGUACCAUCAACGUUGUCAAUAUUCGAUGAGAAAUUGACAUGGAGGAAGCUUCAAUCAAUUUGCACUGCGCCAUUCAAACUUGCAGAGAUUUGUCUCCCACUGGUUCUGUGCCCUUUGAAAAUUCCGCCAAUUUUUAAUGGCAAUGGGAACAAAAUACUUUCCAGCGCAACAAUAAAAUUCCCCUUAGCUGACCUCAAAGCUAUCAGAAUGAAGCACAAUGUCGACCUAACAUCAAUUUUAGUUGCCAUCAUUUCUGGUGGGGUUCGACGAUUCCUACUCAAAAAUAAUCAAAACCUUCCCAACAAAUUGGGAAUAAUGUGUCCCAUGCCGAUGCCAAAUCAUCCAGAUAAAUUAACAAAUCACGUAAGUGGAGGAAUUUUUCCUAUACCGUUGCGGGAACCAAAUAAUAUCAGCCUACUGCGGGAGAUUUCGUUGGCCUGUUCUACUUUCAGAGAUAAAAGUAUCGUUCCACUGGGUCAUUUUAUUGGAAAACUUGCGGGGCUGUUCCCACAGUUUGUGAUUUUGACACAUCGAAAUCUCUUUUCACUACCUCCCCUCUUUUUAGCGAAUUUGGUCGGCCCAGUAGAAAAAUUGUGGUUAGAUGAUAUACCAAUCAUGGAUAUUAAGAUGGGCGCAAAUAUCCCAAAAGAUGGGGCUCGAGUCGUUGUUGUGCAGGUUUUUGCUUCGCAUUUCUUACGUAUGAAGGAGAAGCUAAUUUAUCAGUUUCUGCAUUCAAUGAGUAUUUGGAGUCAAAUCAACAGGCCGAUGAUCUUUUGGAAUAUUGCUGGGAAGAAAUGAAAGAGUUGGAGUCUUGAUCAAAUUAUUUGCAUAUGUGCUACAUGUUGAGGACUAACGUGAAAUCAACUAUCUAUAAUGUUGUCAUGUAUCAAGUUUCAUAAUUAAUUUGUGACAAUAGUACAUUGCUUAUUUUAAGUGGGAGUUCUAUAAAAAUAAUAAUAAAAUGUUUUUAAUUGUUCUGAAA